GCCAAGACAACAGUUGCACGCCUCCUCUAAACCCAAAGUCACAACAAACGCUAUUUCCUUAUGGAAGUUUAAACGUUUGUCGCAACCACUCAGGUUUUUGUUGUUUUAGUUCCGAUUUUGGAUAAAAAAUGAGUCAGCGGCAGGUUUUACAAGUGUUUGAGCAGUACCAGAAGGCAAGAACACAAUUUGUGCAAACUGUAGCAGAUCUUGCAUCAAGACCACAAAAUACUGAAACACUUCAAAAUGCUGGUGUAAUGUCCCUUUUGAGGCCUCUCCUUUUGGAUGCAGUCCCAACUAUUCAGCAGACAGCAGCCCUGGCUCUCGGAAGGCUUGCCAACUAUAACGAUGACCUGGCUGAGGCUGUAGUAAAGGGAGACAUUCUUCCUCAGCUUGUGUACUCCCUGGCUGAGCAAAACCGAUUCUAUAAGAAAGCAGCUGCAUUCGUUCUUCGGGCUGUUGCUAAGCACUCCCCAGAGCUGGCCCAGGCCGUGGUGGACUGUGGAGCACUGGACGCUCUUGUUGUCUCCUUGGAGGAGUUUGACCCUGGGGUCAAAGAGGCUGCGGCAUGGGCAAUAAGCUACAUUGCCAGGCACAAUGCACGUGAGUUUGCUUCAAAAAGGGUUUGCUUUUAUAUUUAUUUCUUACAAUUUAUCAAUGUUCCUUUUGUUGUUUAUCUUCACUGUUUAUCUGCAGAGCUGUCUCAGGCAGUGGUUGAUGCCGGAGUGGUGCCUCUGCUUGUGUUAUGCAUCCAGGAGCCUGAAAUUGCCCUGAAGAGGGUUGCUGCUUCCGCUUUGAGCGAUAUAGCCAAGCACUCCCCAGAGCUGGCUCAAACCGUGGUGGACACAGGGGCAAUCGCCCAUCUAGCACAGAUGAUCCUAAACCCAGAUGCCAAAUUAAAGAGGCAGGUUUUUUCGGCUCUCGGUCAAAUCGCCAAGCAUUCCGUGGACGUAGCCGAGAUGGUGGUGGAGGCCGAGAUAUUCCCCGCUGCGCUGGUUUGCCUAAAGGACCCUGAUGAAUAUGUUCGGAAGAAUGUCGCCACUCUUAUUCGAGAAAUCACAAAAUACACCCCAGAACUGUCUCAGAUAAUAGUGAAUAUGGGGGGCGUAGCAGCUGUCAUUGACUACCUCGGGGACUCCAAAGGGAAUGUUCGCCUGCCUGGGAUCAUGAUGCUGGGCUAUGUGUCUGCACACUCCGAGAACUUAGCCAUGGCUGUGAUUGUAUCUAAAGGCGUCCCACAGUUGGCAAUCUGUCUGGAAGAGGAGCAAGAGGACCACCUUAAAGCAGCCACAGCUUGGGCUUUUGGCCAGAUUGGCCGACACACCCCCGAACAUGCACGAGCUAUUGCUGUGGCCAACGUGUUCCCUAAACUCCUAAAUCUCUAUUUGGACACUGAAAGUUCUGAAGACCUGCAGGCUAAGGCCAAGAAGGCAUUGAAGAGCAUCCUUCAAAAGUGUACUUAUCUACCAGCACUGGAGCCUCUUCUCUAUGAAGCUCCCAGCAACAUUCUUAAACAUGUCAUCUGCCAGUUCAGUAAGGUUCUUCCUCAUGACAGUAAGGCACGGCGCUUGUUUGUUACCAGUGGCGGUCUGAAGAAAGUGCAGGAAAUCAAAGCAGAACCUGGUUCUGCAAUUCAGGAAUAUAUCAAUGCAAUCAACAGCUGCUACCCUGAGGAGAUAGUCAGGUAUUAUUCCCCUGGUUACUCUGAGACCUUGCUGGAAAGGAUUGAAAGCUAUCAGCCAGUGUGAUCAUGUGCAACACUUUCUUUACUGAAACACUGUGGAUGUUUUACUUUUUAAAAAGUGCACUUGUGAAAAGUGGCCAUAUGAUCACAUCUGCAACAUCUUAUUUCAAUAUAAAUAAAAUGCAUUAAAAUGCA